AUGGCGAGCGUGCUCGCUCGCGGCUCUCGCCGGCUGGUGUCCUCGGGGACCCUGGGCGCCCUCAGUCGCUCCCUUCGAACCGUGACCACUCGCCGCCCAACCUCGCUCGCGUCCAGCGGCCUGCCCUCCACCCCACUGCGCGCCCAGUCGCAGCUGUUCGGCCAGGACCAGAACGCGCGCAUCUCCACGCACCUCUCCGCGGUGCAGGCUGCCGUGGCCGAGCCGGUCGGGACUGCGGAGGACGACGACUCCUCCAGUGAUGCCACCCGCCAGACGUUCUCCAGCCUGUUCAGUGUGGAUGUGGAGGACGUGGAAGAAGCGGUGGUGGACGAGUCCCUCCUGCUGGUCAACUGCGGGCUGUCUGACGUGACGGUGAAGGCGCUGGAGGCGCGCGGCAUCCGCUCCAUGUUCCCCGUCCAGAAGCGUGUUUUUGAGCCCGCCAUGGCCGGGCAGGAUCUGAUCGCGCGCGCACGCACGGGGUCUGGCAAGACCCUGGCCUUUGCGCUGCCGGGCGCCCUGGACCUGACCCAGGUGCGCUUCGCCAUCCUGGAUGAGGCCGACCAGAUGCUGGCCAUCGGGUUCGCGGAGGACACGGAGCGCAUCCUGGGCUACGCGCCGCGCGAGCGCCAGACCAUGCUCUUCUCCGCCACCACCCCCGCCUGGAUCAAGAAGCUGGUGGCCUCCCACCUCCGCGCCCCCGUCAACAUUGACCUGAUCGGGCAGGGGGCCAGCGGGAAGCUGGCAGAGUCCAUCACCGCCCACGCCAUCCAGGUGGCGCCCGAGGUGCGGCGCAGCGUGCUGGUCGACGUGCUCACAGUUUACGGCGCGGGCGGGAAGAGCAUCGUGUUCACGCAGACCAAGCGUGAGGCCGACGAGGUGGCUGCGGGCGUGUCCUCCCACCUCCCCUGCUCUGCGCUGCACGGCGACAUGAGCCAGGCGGAGCGCGAAAAGGUUCUGCGCGCCUUCCGCCGCGGCGGCAUCUCCGUGCUGGUGGCCACCGACGUGGCGGCGCGCGGGCUGGACAUCCCCGACGUGGACCUGGUGGUACACUAUGAGCUGCCCCAGGAUGCGGAGUCCUUCCUGCACCGCUCAGGGCGCACGGGGCGCGCCGGGAAGGACGGCGUGGCCAUCGCCAUGUUCACGCGGCGCGAGGCGGGGUGGAUGAAGCGCAUCCUGCGCGAGACGGGGACGGCGGGGGUCACGCUGAUCACCGCGCCCACCGCGGUGCAGGUGAUGGAGGCGGCGGCGCGCCAGGUCAUGACGCGCCUGGACGGCGUGGAGGAGGAGGUGCGCGCCUUCUUCCGGCCCGUGGCGCGGCGCAUCCUGGCCUCGCGCGAGCCCGCCGAGGCGCUGGAGGCGGCGCUGGCCGCGCUGUCGGGCAUCAAGGAGGUGCCCGAGCCGCGCAGCCUGCUGACGCAGGAGGAGGGCCUGGUCACGCUGCGCCUCAGCGGCCGGCGUGGCCGCAUCUCCCGCCCCGCCCAGGUCUCGGCCGUGGUCGGUGGCCUGGCCGACGCCGCCGCGCCCGGUGGCGCGCGCGUCGCCCUGGGCCGCAUCCGCAUGCUGCCAGCGCUGAGCGCGGAGGAGCGCGAGGAGGGCGCCGCCUUUGACGUCCCCGCCGCCGCCGCGCCGGCGCUGCUGGCCGCGGCCGAGGCCUCCACCGACCUGGCGGGCCAGGGGCUGACGCUGGACAUGCCGGACACCCUGCCCCCGGAGGAGGACCUGUAUGGCCGCGACAGCUCGCCCUACGCAGGCAGCCGCGGGCCGCCCAGGGGUGGCCGGUCGGGAGGCAACGCGCGCUACAGCAGCGACAACAGGAGGGGCGGGUACGGCGGCGGCGGCGGUUCGGGUGGCUACUCCAACGACCGCCGCUCAUCCAGCGGCAGCGGCGGCGGGUACGGGCGCCGCCCUGCGUCCGGCGGCUCCGGGUCGGGCUACCGCAGCGGCGGCGAUCGCUGGAGCGGCAACGGCGGGAACAAGUGGGAGGGCGGCGGUGGCGACCGUAACAGGCGGCCCAGCUCGGGCGGCGCGCGCCGGUCGUCCUCUUCCUGGGGAGACGCCCAGAAGUUUGGGGGCGAUUGGAUCGGCACGGAGCACGAGAAGCUGGGGUAUUCCAAGGCCCCACCCCACGCCCGCCCCACCCACGACCAGAUCUCGGAUUUGCUCACCCACAUCCACUCCUCCAACGGCUGGGAGUACAUCAUGGAGGGCAAGGCAAAGAUCGGGCUGGCCCAUGACGGCCAGACCGUGACCCUGGAGCCGGGCGGCCAAACGGAGCUGAGCGGCGCGCCUCUCCCCGAUCUGCACGCUGUGGCCCGCGAGACGCGAGAGCACCUGCUGGAGGUGCGGAAAGCUUGCGAUGCGGUGGGCAUCGACUACAUGAACAUCGGCUUCGACCCCAAGUGGGACUUUGAGGACGUGCCGCGCAUGCCCAAGACACGGUACCGCUACAUGCGCGAGUACAUGCCCAAGGUGGGCACGUUGGGGCACGACAUGAUGUUCCGGUCCUGCACCAUCCAGGUGAACCUGGACUUUGAGUCGGAGGAGGAUAUGGUGCAGAAGUUCCGGAUCGGGCUGGCCCUGCAGAACGUGGCGGGCGCGCUGUUCGCAAACUCCCCCUUCCGCAACGGCGCGCCCUCCGGAUACAAGUCUUGGCGCCUGCACGUCUGGACCGACGUGGACCCGCACCGCUGCGGCCGCCUGCCCUUCGUGUUUGACCCCGGCUUCUCCUUCGCCGCCUACGCGGAGUGGGCGCUGGACGUGCCCAUGUACUUCCUGUACCGCGACGGCCAGUACACCGACGUGGGCGGGCAGCCCUUCCGCGCCUUCUUCGAGGGCCGGCUGGAGGGGCACCCGGGCCUCUUCCCCACCGCCGCCGACUGGGACCUGCACCUGACCACCGUGUUCCCGGACGUGCGGUUGAAGCAGUUCCUGGAGAUGCGCGGCGCCGACGGCGGCUCCUGGGAGUUCAUCACCGCGCUGCCCGCGCUGUGGGUGGGCCUGCUGUACGACGCGGGGGCGCAGGCGCAGGCCGCCGCCCUGGUCGCAGACUGGACGCCCGCCGAGCUGGAAGCGCUGCAGGCCGACGUGCCGCGCCUGGCGCUGCAGGCCCCCUUCCGCGACGGGACGGUGCAAGACGUCGCGCUGCGCAUGCUGAACAUCGCGCGGCGGGGCUUGGAGGCGCGCGGUCUGGGCGAGGAGCGCUACCUCGACGUCCUGGACGCGGUGGCGGAGAGCGGCGUCACGCGGGCCGACCGGCUGCUGCAGCUGUACGACUCGGAGUGGAGCAGGUCGAUUGAGCCCCUGUACACCCCGGAGCACCGGGUAGACAAUGGCCUCUGUUGA